AUGUCUGCUAAUCCGGAGCCCGACCACGACGUUUCCAACGAAAUCCUGCUCGAGUUUAGGGGAUCCUCCCCGGAGGACGUGACCCACGCCCGGAAGCUCUGGAGCUCCCUGUGCAUGCCGACGCCGCUCGAGUCUCGCCUGGUGGCGGCGGGCAUCCCGCAAAGGUUGCCCCUGUCUCGGCCGGAGCGAACCGGUCACCCGGAGCCACGCCGCGCAGAUCCGCCCAACCAGGACGCCGCGCAGCAACGGGAGGAUGAGCGGCAGCGCUACAUGGCCAUGGCGGCCCAGAGGAAGGAGACGCUUGCUCUACUCCGGCGCCAGAGAGAGCAGAGGAUCCAGAAGGAGCUGCUCUCUGCGGCCUUUAAACCCAAAGCGCCCCGCGAAAAGGCGCCCAAAGACACGACGAACGACUUGAACAUGGAAGAGGAGAUGGUUAGGCAACUGGAUUGA